AUGAUGCACAACUCUCCACAACACCUAACAGCGCUGUUAUUGGAAAAAGAUUCUCAGCCUUUGGCAGAGAAUAAGCAAAAUGCAAACAUGGGUGUGAGAACACGAGACAUGUGUACUAUGACGUCCAUAAGUUGCUUUCAUCAUGAGCUGAAGCAAAAAGAUGCUGAAAUGCAGACCUCAUUUGGAUUUGAGUACAAGUCUGUAGCCACCAGUCCCAUGUCACCUACUCAUGGCUACUUGGUCCACAUGUUCCCAGAGAUUAGUCUCAAAGAGAAUCAAUCAGGUCAAAUGUCCCCUGUCCGAGAAGUGAAGUGGGACAAUGAAGGGAUGACAUGGGAGGUUUAUGGGGCUUCUGUAGACCCUGAGGUUCUUGGGAUGGCGAUACAGAAACACCUGGAGAUUCAGAUAGAACAGCAUGAAAAAGACAAAAUGGAUAAGAUGUCAAAAAAUCUAGCUAUUUGCUUUGACGCCGAAGAAAAGCCGGUCAAAGAGAAGAGGAGACAGCUUCCAGGCUUCAGGAACGUGAUGUCUACUCUGAGGCAUCCAGGAUGCUGCUUGAGUUCCAGUACAGCAAUAGACUAAACUACUGUUUCCAGUAAAUUGUAUAUGUAUAUAUCACAUCACUGUUCCACAAC